UCAGCACGCCGGGUGGGCUGGCGGCUGCGGGACGGGGAGCCCUGGCUGGGGGGUGGCCCCCGGGUCGCUGCAGAGACCUGCGGAGCGGCCGGAGGCCCCAGAGCUGCCCGGGCCCCUGCAUGGGGAUAGAACUGCCGAGAUGACGUCGCCUGCCUGUGCCGUGGCCCCCCUGGGCAGCCUGGAGCUCCUGGACCUGCUGUUCGACCACCAGGACGGCGUCCUGAGACGCGUGGAGCUGGGCGAGGGCUGGGCGGGCGCCGGGGACCAGGUGCUGCCGGGUCUCCAGCCGGACGACUUCCUUAGCUGUGUCCUGGGCUCGGGCGACUCCGUGCCCGGCUCCCCACUCUGGUCGCCCGCGGCCAGCGACAGCGGCAUCUCCGACGAUCUACCCUCGGAGCCCCCAGACACCCCGCCCCGCGGCGGACCAGCCGCCGGCCCCGCCGGGCCCCACGCAGGGCCCCGCCUCUCCUGCCAGCGCGGUGCCCCCUGCCCGGCCCGGGCUCCGGGGCCCCAGGUGCUGGAAGCCUCCGUGACCAUCGACCUGGACAUGUGGAACCCGGCCACCGGCCCCUACACGGAGGCGCCCGCCCGGCAGGCUGACGUGUCCGCUCGCUGCGAACUCACGGUUAAAGACCUGCUCCUCUCCGGCGGCGGCGGCGGGGACCUGCAGCAGCACCCGCUGGCCGCCCCGCGCCUGCUGGGCCCCGGCUCUGGGCGCUGUCAGGACCUGGUGCUGACCGAGGACGAGAAGAAGCUGCUGGCCAAGGAGGGCGUCACCCUGCCGUCCCAGCUGCCCCUGACCAAGUUCGAGGAGCGGGUGCUGAAGAAAAUCCGCAGGAAGAUCCGCAACAAGCAGUCGGCGCAGGAAAGCCGCAAGAAGAAGAAGGAGUACAUCGACGGGCUGGAGACGCGCAUGUCGGCCUGCACCGCCCAGAACCAGGAGCUGCAGAGAAAGGUCUUGCACCUCGAGAAGCAAAACUUGUCUCUCCUGGAGCAGCUGAGGAAGCUCCAGGCCACUGUGGCACAGUCCGCGGGGAAGUCCGCACAGACCGGGACCUGCAUCGCGGUGCUGCUUCUCUCCUUCGCCCUCAUCGUCCUCCCGUCCAUCAGCCCCUUCGCCACCCCCAGCAAAGCCGAGAGCCCCGGGGACUUCGCGCCCCUGCGAGUCUUCUCCAGGACGCUGCACAACGAGGCUGCGGCCCGCGUGGCCCCCGACGCGGCGCCAGGCUCCGAAGCCCCAGGCCCCCAGCCCGAGGCCAGCGCGCCCCACCCAGGGUCUCCAGGCCGCCCCGGGGAGGACUGGGGCUUCCAGGACCCGAAGGCGCUGGACAGCUCCACGGGGCCGAUGGACAACUCCACCUUGGUUCUGGGGGACUCCGGGGAGGGGCUGGGCCCGGCCACCCUGCUGGACUGGGUGGCGCCCGAGCCGGUGCUCAGCGCUGGCCGCGCGGGGCUGGAGGCGGCCGGGGGCGAGCUGUGAGCGCCCCGCGCGCCGGACCCCCGCCAGGCCUUGGAGCGGAGGCGCCAGGACGAAGCCCCAGGGGCGGCUCUGCGCGCAGCCUGGGUCGGACCCGCGCGGCAGCGCCUGCACAGCGACUGCUCCGGCCUCCCUCGCCCUGUGGGAGGAGAAAGCGGCCGCGGCUGCAGAGACCCCGGCCCCGACGCCGCCAGGGCGCACGCCCGCCCCUCUUUUCUAAGAUGCCUUGUUCCUUAAUAAAGUAUUUUGACACA